UGUCAAACUUUAGACAGUAAUUCAUUACACAACCACGAAGCCGUGUAAUUUGCCGUUUAACAAGCAACCACAGAAACCUUCAUAACUUGCCACUAGAUGUCGCUUCUCAAUCUGUUAAUAACUGAGCAAAACAAUUAAAACACAUCUUGUAUAUAGUAAUAUAUACAGUAUGUCCUUAUAAACCAUGGAAGUUUGUUUUGUCGUCAGAUUCGUUAUAAGUUGACUGUCGAUGAAUAUGAAGCUGAGUAGUCUAGACCUAGACAAAACUACAACAUUCCCAUUCAUAAAUGGAUUAAAUGGAAUACGCAUGCGUGAAAUAUGGCUGAGAAAAACAAUAAUAGCAUCUCGGCGUCCAACAGUCUCAUUUUCCCGUCGCCAACCUAUGUGUUAGAUUUAAUUCCUCGAAUAAGCUAUGUGUGUUAAUUUUCAUCAGUAAAAUAACGAUAAAAAGGACAAAUUAAUGUGAGAUAUCGAGUGAUAAGUGACAACAAGUAUGGGCUGAGAAAACUAAUGCGGAAAACAGAUAAGAGGAAAAUGAGACAAAUAAAGAUUUCAGUCGGCAUCGUCACAAUAAUAUCAUGCAUCGCAACACUGAUCUACUUGUAUCGACUGUCAUUUGUUCUAAAACCGCAACAUCACGUUCAGAGCUCAUCACCGAAGUACCAAAUUGGUACUCCAUUGAGACAUAUGUCUUUGAAUGAAGUAUACAAGGAUAUUGCAAGGAGUGAGCCCGGCGAUUAUAUCUUGGAAUUAGAGGAUGAUCAUCCACCAGAAACCAUGGUCAACACACCAGGCUGUAAAAUACCGUUAACGAUGGUAAACUACAAAAAAAAUAUAAUAGAUCUUGAUAAGAAUAAAAACAUUACAUGUGGGAGGCGAGCAGUAUUUUUGCGGAAAGCCGGUGACGACCGAGUAAAAGUUUACGUAAAAUCUGUGAUAUUAGAAAAGUAUGCAAACAAUUACAAAAAAUUUGACUGCUGCUAUCAGUUUAUAAUCGACAGUGUUCAGUAUCCUCAUGACCGCCCUAUGUUAAAAUACAGCAACUGCACCAAAUUUAAAGACGACGAGAUUAUAACUUUGCAGUCGGAUUUCAUACAUAUUCAAUGCACCGGCUAUGAUGACAACAAUAAAACAAAAAUCAUUUACAGCGACAUGUACGCAUUCAGCAAAAAGAUAGAUGGUAUAAAACCAAGGAACAAUAAAAUUAAAUGUAAGAUUCAAUACAACGUUCUCAUGCUCGGCAUGGACUCAAUGUCUCUGCCUCGUGCCGUCCAAACAAUGCCGAGAACCGUUGCCUUUUUUAAAAAUGACAAUUGGCUCGGCUUCCGCGGAUAUCAUAAGAUUGCUGACAAUACAUUUCCAAAUAUAAUGGCCGCGUUAACGGGAAAGAACAUUUCUGAUAUAACCAAACGAUGUUAUGGCUCAAUGGAUGAAUGCAAGAGUCUUCUAAUUUGGAAUUAUUUCAAGGAAAUUGGAUACGUAACAGCUUACGGUGAAGAUUAUUUACAAUUGCCCGAUACGUUCACGAAAGAAUUCGCAUUUAAAGAACCACCCACGGAUCAUUACAUGAGACCGUUUUUUCUAAAAGGUGAAACUAAACGCCACAACAACUCCUUAUUGUGCUCUGGAAAAGCAUCAGCGGGUCAGCAAAUACUGGAUUAUGCUCUAGAUUUUGCCAAUACAUACAAAAAGGACUCAUUUUUUGGAUUCUUUUGGUUGAAUUCAUUUAGUCAUGAUGUAAAAAGUCAUCCCGAAAUUGCAGACAAAAUUGUGGAGAACUUUUUGAAUCAGUUGGCAUAUACGGGUGUUUUGAUGAACACCUUCGUAAUAUUCUUAAGUGAUCAUGGCCUACGAUUUGGGGAACUUCGUUUUACAAUGGAGUCGUACUUUGACGACCGCAUGCCAAUGAAUUUUAUGUGGGUUCCGUUGUUUUUUAAGGGGAAACAACCAUAUGAACUACGAGCGUUGUCUAUAAACCAGUUCAGAUUAAUGACACCUUAUGACAUGUUUAGCACACUGGUAGACAUAAGAAGAAUAUCUGAGUGUAGUGAUAUCAGUCACCGAGCACCCGACGGCUGUCAUAACUGCCACUCGAUUUUCAAAGUCAUAAACGGUACACGCACUUGUCUGGACGCAUCUAUUGAUGAAAAGUGGUGCAGUUGUCACAAGUUAUACCCUCUUCCAAACCAGGACACUAUAGGCAUGAAAAGUGUUGAACUUGCUGUGACCCAUAUAAAGAAUAUGGUCAAUACCAUCGAAACACAGCGGUGCUGGGGUUGUAUGAGCCUUUCUCUCAAAAGUAUUAUAAGACUACAUUUCUAUUACGCCAAAGAUAAAGUAAGUUUGUUUUAUGUCGUGGCGUUUAACAUGACACCUGGUAACGUCGCGUAUGAAGCCACAGUGCUUCGCAAAGGUGAACAGGAAACUCUUAUAGAACCGAUUAGUGUAAUAACUAAUUAUAGAGGUUUAGGGAAAUGUGCUCUUAAUCGCAGAGAUCGAAAGUUUUGUAUUUGUCAAAAAAAUGAGUCAUGUUUAUAAUCGACAGGUUAUUAUGUAUCCAUCUGUGAUAGUUAUCUUGUAAUUUUAGAAAUAAAAUUAUAAUAGCUUGUUAAAUAUGCAGUGUACCGUUUACUUUAAAAUAAAAUAAAAUUUGAAUUGUGUUAUUUCUUAGAUCCUGACUAAAAUAUGUAGUACUACUAUGUAGUUGGGCAUGUAUAUCUGACUUAAAAAGAGCAUAUAAUCUAUUUUGCCGUAACUGCAAUAAGAAAAUUAUUGCUAGAACCGGCAGGCAAUACCUAGUUUCCAAAAUAUACUUCAUAAGUUUCAGCUAAAUGAAAUAAAUAGCAAAUAAGUAGGACAACGAA